GGAUAAAUCAUCACUAAAAGCUAUAAAUGUAACUGAAACAUCACUAGAGUUGCCAGACUUAGACUAUAAUGUUGACUACAGUGCCUAUGUCACAGCUAGCACCAGAUUUGGCAAUGGGAAAACAAGAAGCAGUAUCAUUAACUUUCGAACACCAGAAGGAGCACCCACUGAUGCUCCCAAAGAUGUCCAUUAUGUGAAUCUCAGUUCUUCAUCAAUAAUUCUCUUUUGGACACCUCCUGCAAAACCUAAUGGAAUCAUACAAUAUUAUUCUGUUUAUUACCAAAAUACUUCAGGGACUUUUGUGCAGAAUUUUACAUACCUGGAAGUAACCAAUGAGCCUGACAAUGUGACCAUGUCAGCAAAAAUAUACAGACUGGCAAUAUUCAGCUACUAUACAUUCUGGUUAACAGCAAGUACUUCAGUUGGAAAUGGGAAUAAAAGCAGUGACAUAAUUCAUGUAUACACAGACCAAGACAUACCGGAAGGGCUUGUUGGAAACCUGACUUUUGAGUCCAUUUCAUCAACUGCAGUAAAUGUGAGCUGGACGCCACCAUCUCAACCCAAUGGCCUUGUCUUUUACUAUGUUUCACUGAAUUCACAGCAGCACCCUCACGGCAUGAGACCACCUCUGAUUACAUAUGAAAACAGCGUGUAUUUUGAUAAUCUGGAAAUAUAUACUGACUAUAUAUUUAAAAUUAUACCAUCGACAGAGAAGGGAUUCUCUGAGACCUAUACCGCCUGGCUACAUAUCAAGACCGAAGAAGAUGUUCCAGAAUCUCCACCAAUCAUCAACACUUUUAAAAACCUUUCUUCUACCUCAGUUCUCUUAUCAUGGGAUCCCCCUUUAAAACCAAACGGUGUAAUAUUAAGCUACCAUUUAACUUUGCAAGGACCACAGGCAAACCACUCUUUUGUCACUUCUCAUAACCACAUAGUACUGGAAGAACUCUCGCCGUUUACCCUAUAUAGUUUUUUUGCUGCUGCAAGAACCAGGAAAGGACUCGGUCCUUCCAGUAUUCUUUUCUUUUACACAGAUGAGUCAGUGCCUUUAGCACCUCCCCAGAACUUGACUUUAAUCAACUACACUUCAGAUUUUGUAUGGCUGACAUGGAGCCCAAGUCCUCUUCCAGGCGGUAUUGUUAAAGUAUAUAGUUUUAAAAUUCAUGAGCAUGACACUGAUUCUGUAUUUUAUAAGAAUAUUUCAGGCUUUCAGACUGAUGCCAAACUUGUUGGACUGCAGCCUGUCAGUACCUACUCGAUCAGUGUGUCUGCAUUCACCAAAGUCGGAAAUGGCAAUCAAUUCAGUAAUGUAGUGAAAUUCACAACUCGAGAGUCUGUUCCAGAUGCUGUACAGAAUAUAGAGUGUGUGGCACAUAACUGGCAGUCAGUAUUAGUGAUGUGGGGUCCACCCAGAAAAACAAAUGGAAUGAUUAUCCACUAUAUGAUAACAGUUGAAAGGGAUUCUACGAAAGUUUCUCCCCAAGACCACAUGUAUACUUUCACAAAACUUCUUGCCAACACAACAUACAUCUUUGAAGUUAGAGCAUCAACCUCAGCUGGUGAAGGCAAGGAAAGCACAUGCAAUGUCAGCACAUUCCCCGAGACAGUUCCCAGUGUUCCGAAAAAUAUAGCUUUUUCUAAUGUUCAGUCAACUAGUGCAACACUAACAUGGAUAAAACCUGAUAGUAUCCUUGGAUACUUCCAAAACUACAAGAUAACAACUCAACUUCGUGCUCAGAAAUGCAGAGACUGGGACUCUGAAGGAUGUGUUGAACAUCAAAAAAUUCAAUUCCUCUAUGAAUCCAACCAAACAGAAGAAACAGUGUAUGGGUUAAAAAAAUUUAGAUGGUAUAGAUUCCAAGUGGCCGCCAGCACCAAUGCUGGGUAUGGAAACGCCUCCAGUUGGAUUUCUACACAAACCCUGCCUGGCCCUCCUGAUGGUCCUCCUGAAAAUGUGCAUGUGGUUGCAACAUCCCCCUUUGGUAUCAAUAUCAGCUGGAGUGAACCUGCUGUCAUAACUGGACCAAUGUUCUACUUGAUUGAUGUCAAAUCGGUAGAUAAUGAUGACUUUAAUAUUUCCUUUGUGAAGUCAAAUCAAGAAGUCAAAACAAUAGAAAUUAAUGACUUGAAAGUAUUCACAAGGUAUUCGGUGGUGAUCACGGCAUUUAUUGGAAAUGUUAGUAGGGCAUAUGCCGAAGGGAAACCAAGUGCUAAAGUGGUAAUUACUACUCUAGAAUCAGUGCCCAAGGACCCACCCAACAAUAUGACAUUUCAGAAGAUACCAGAUGAAGUAACAAAGUUUCAGUUAACAUUCCUUCCACCUUCUCAACCCAAUGGAAAUAUCCAAGUAUAUCAAGCAUUGGUUUACCAAGAAGAUGAUCCUACUGCUGUCCACAUUCAUAACCUCAGCAUUAUCCAGAAGACAGACACAUCUGUCAUUGCAGUAUUAGAAGGACUGAAAGGUGGACACACAUACAACAUCAGUGUUUAUGCUAUCAACAGUGCUGGUGCUGGGCCAAAAGUGCAGAUGCGAAUAACCAUGGACAUUAAAGCUCCAGCACGACCAAAGACCAAGCCAAUCCCUGUUCAUGAUGCCACAGGAAAACUGCUCGUGACAUCAACAACAAUUGCAAUCCGAAUGCCGAUAUGCUACUACAAUGAUGAUCAUGGGCCAAUCAAAAAUGUCCAAGUGCUUGUGUCAGAAACAGGAGCUCAGCAAGAUGGAAAUGUGACAAAAUGGUAUGAUGCAUAUUUCAACAAAGCAAGGCCAUAUUUUACAAAUGAAGGAUUCCCUAAUCCCCCAUGCAUAGAGGGAAAGACAAAGUUCAGUGGUAAUGAAGAAAUCUAUGUGAUAGGUGCUGAUAAUGCCUGUAUGAUCCCUGGCAAUGAAGAGAAAAUAUGCAAUGGACCUCUGAAACCAAAAAAGCAAUAUCUGUUUAAAUUUAGAGCCACAAAUGUCAUGGGACAAUUUACUGACUCUGAUUACUCUGACCCUAUCAAAACUUUAGGUGAAGGGCUUUCAGAAAGAACUGUGGAGAUCAUUCUGUCAGUCACUUUGUGUAUCCUUUCAAUAAUCCUCCUUGGAACAGCUAUUUUUGCCUUUGCAAGAAUUAGACAGAAGCAGAAAGAAGGUGGUACAUACUCUCCUCGGGAGGCAGAGAUUAUCGAUACUAAAUUCAAGCUGGACCAGCUCAUCACGGUGGCAGACUUGGAACUGAAGGACGAGAGAUUAACGCGGUUACUUAGUUAUAGAAAAUCCAUCAAGCCAAUAAGCAAGAAAUCCUUCCUGCAACAUGUUGAAGAGCUUUGCACAAACAACAACCUAAAGUUUCAAGAGGAAUUUUCGGAAUUACCAAAAUUUCUUCAAGAUCUUUCUUCAACUGAUGCUGAUCUCCCUUGGAACAGAGCAAAAAAUCGCUUUCCAAACAUAAAACCAUACAAUAAUAACAGAGUGAAGCUGAUAGCUGAUGCAAGCAUUCCAGGAUCAGAUUACAUUAAUGCCAGCUAUAUUUCUGGAUACUUAUGUCCAAAUGAGUUUAUUGCUACCCAAGGCCCAUUACCGGGAACAGUUGGAGAUUUUUGGAGAAUGGUAUGGGAAACCAGAGCAAAAACAUUAGUAAUGCUCACACAGUGUUUUGAGAAAGGACGGAUCAGAUGCCAUCAGUAUUGGCCUGAGGACAACAAGCCUGUGACAGUCUUUGGAGACAUAGUGAUCACAAAGCUUAUGGAGGACAUUCAGAUUGACUGGACCAUUAGGGAUCUAAAAAUCGAAAGGCAUGGGGAUUACAUGACUGUCCGACAGUGUAACUUCACUGGUUGGCCUGAGCAUGGGGUUCCGGAAAAUACCACUCCUCUGAUUCACUUUGUGAAGUUGGUGCGAACAAGCAGAGCACAUGACACAACCCCUAUGGUUGUACACUGCAGUGCUGGGGUUGGAAGAACUGGGGUGUUCAUCGCUCUGGACCACUUAACGCAACAUAUAAAUGACCAUGACUUUGUGGAUGUAUAUGGACUGGUGGCUGAGCUAGGGGGUGAGAGAAUGUGCAUGGUUCAGAACCUGGCACAGUAUAUCUUCUUACACCAGUGCAUUCUGGAUCUUUUAUCAAAUAAAGGAAACCAUCAACCCGUCUGCUUUGUUAACUACUCCACACUCCAGAAGAUGGACUCUUUGGAUGCGAUGGAAGGUGAUGUUGAGCUGGAGUGGGAAGAAACUACCAUGUAAAAUUUGUACCAAAGAUUGUAACUGGAAGAUACAAUUUUUAGAUCCCAGGAGCCAAAAUUACCCCUCUUGAUUCUGAAUUGAACUGGGCAAAGGAAAUCUUCAUGCUUCCCAUGCUGUGCCUCACUAAUUGGAAUGACCAUUUUUUGGACAGUUGUAGGAAAUGCUCAUAUAAGAUAGUUAUUUGUUUUGUAUAGAAUUAAGUAUUAUGUAUCUAAAAUGUUUUAAAAAACACACCAUACAAGUUUUUUGAGGGUCCUCAAUACUUUUUGGAAUAAGCCAAAUAUAAAAUUAUUAUUAUCUUAGUGUAUGAGUUUCAGUGUGCGUUUUCCCUACAUAUUGGAUUUCAUUUUGAACAAAAGCUGUAAAUAUUAAUUUGGUAGUGUUAUUUUGGCCAGCAGGGUGCUGACGUCUCUUGUGGAUGUCUUCCAAGCCUGUCAUCAUGAUCUGUACUUCCAUGCAUGCCCCUGUUUUGGAUCCUCUGUUUUAUGAGUGUGGAGAUACCAUCUCCUGAGCCCGAACAGCUGAACAGUAACCCCCUGACACUGUAAUGAUUGCUCAGCCUUUCUUCGGCACACAGUAGCACUGUGAGAAAACCUGAGGCUAUUUCAAUUGUAUCGUGAUCUUCAGUUUGCAAAAAACAAAAGGUAAUUUUCAAAGUGCAAGUUCACAUAGUAAGUUGUAGAGAAUCUUUCCAGCCCACCGAUGUUUGCACACCACCAGGCAUAGGCUGUGCCCCUAUAUUGUUUGGAAAUACACAGUCAAGGGAAUCAGAGUGUUUACCCAGUCACUUUACACUCAACACUAACAGUUUUGAAGAAUUUUACCCAAUGAGUUUAACUCAACACUAACAGUGUUGAAGAAUUUUACCCAAUGAGUUUACACUCAACACUAACAGUUUUGAAGAGUUUCUGACUAGAAAUGUAUAAAGAUGGAAAUAAAAUCAUACAGUGUGUUGCAAGCUUGUAAACUGAUGAGUGACAUGCUGCUGCGGUGUCAACAGAAACUUCUGUGUAAAUGACAUCGGACAGCCUUUACUUCAUUCCCAAGGGCUGAUUAUACAGAAGAGGAAUUGGUAGAAUUUAAAGAAAUUAACAAGGUUGAAGCAAAUAAGAGAUUUUUUAAAAGAAAAAUUUGAAUUCCCCUUUCUCUGAGUAAUAAUGUACUUAAUUGAACUAUAUGAAAUUGUUUUUUCAUAGAGUCAAAGUCAUAACAAAUAGCUAGUAUUCAUUAUUCUAUUUCUAUGAUAGAAACUAUACAUUGUGCUUAUUUCUUCCGAAAUAUACAUACAGAAAAUGUGAUGGUUAAUAAAAGCGAAUAUUAAAGAACUGAA